AUGGCCACUAAUAGAUUCAGGCUGGAAUGUGAUGAUCGAAGUGAAGAAGAGAUAAAAGCAGAUGAAGAGAGAAAAAUAGCAGAGAAGAAGAAGAAGAGUAUCUUCGAUUGUGCACUGGGCAGGUCGGAGAAAAACAAGGGACCCAUGGACACCAGUCACGCUGAGGACGAGGGGGCACCAGAGAUUGAGAUUAGACUUAAUGUAGGCUAUAUUUUGGGCACUGUGGCUAACGACAGCUUCAAGCAGAAGCUGUUUGAUGCUGUGACCAGCAGAGAUGUCACCCGGCUUGACGGAGUUCAGGAACAUCUGAAGCAAUACAGCAAAAAGCUCUCUGACUCUCUCUAUCGUAAGAAUGGUAAAACUCCUUUGGUGAAGGCUCUACUAAACCUGAAAAAUGGGGAAAAUAAGACGGUGAACACUCUUCUGAACAUUGCUAAGGAAAUGGGAGACCUGGAGCUCUUUGUUAACGCUGCUUAUACUGACAGCUAUUACUCAGGUCAGACAGCCCUUCAUGUAGCCAUUGAGAGAAGGAGUAAAUACUUUGUGGAGCUUCUGGUUAAGAAUGGAGCUGAUGUUCAUGCCAGAGCCCGUGGGAGGUUUUUUCAGCUGCAUGACGGACCCUGCUUUUAUUUCGGAGAGCUUCCACUUUCCCUGGCAGCCUGCACCAACCAGAAAGACAUAGUUGACUUCCUGUUAGAAAACAAAGCAAAUGUAUGCGAGACAGAUUCACAGGGCAACAUGGUUCUCCACGCCCUGGUACAUGUAGCAGAUGACAGCCCUAAGAACACAGAUUUUAUUAUUAAGAUGUAUGAUCACAUCCUGACCAAAGUUGCCCAGCUUCACCCAAAAACCAAACUGGAGGAAAUUAAGAACAAGCAGGGCCUCACACCAAUUAAACUAGCAGCCAAGACAGGCAAGAUUGAGUUGCUGAAACACAUGAUGCAUCGAGAGUUCUAUGGGCAGGAAAACGCUCGCCUGUCCCGCAAGUUUGUAGAGUGGGCCUACGGUCCUGUCUCUGGCUCACUAUAUGACCUGGAAUCUCUGGAUUCUUACGAUGAGAACUCUGUGCUGGAAAUAGUAGUCUAUGGCAGUGAAAUCCGCAAUCGUCUGGAAAUGCUUCAAGUGGAGCCACUUAAUAAAUUGCUGGAUGAGAAAUGGGACAGAUUCGCUCAUCGAAUAUUUCUCUUCAAAUUCCUCAUGUAUCUCCUGUAUGUCUUCAUCUUCACUUCGGUUGCAUACUUUGGAAACAAACAAAUGUCCCCUGGAGCAAGAUUACUAGAUAUCAAAAGAAGACGUCCAAACUUGCAGUCUUUGCUGAUCGAUGGAUACUUUGAACUGAUUUUUUUCCUUCAGGCUCUCCUGUGCAUCAUCUCCUUUGCGCUGUAUUGGUGUGACCACGUGGAGCACCUGUGCUUCCUGGUGCUGAGUCUGGCCCUGUCCUGGCUCAACCUGCUCUACUUCUCCAGAGGCUUCAGACACAUGGGCAUCUACAGCGUCAUGAUACAGAAGAUACUUCUUGGUGAUAUAUUGCGCUUCCUCCUGGUCUACAUUGUCUUCCUCUUUGGGUUUUCAGCUGCUGUGGUCACACUCAUGGAUAUGCCAAAAGAUCACAUUAACACAACGUCAGCAUCAGACAUCAAUCAAACAGCAAUCAAAACCCAGCCUGAUAGUGACUCUGGUGAAAGCGACAAGCCAACAUUCGACAACUUCUACUUCACCACUCUGGAGCUGUUCAAGUUCACCAUUGGCAUGGGGGACCUGGAGUUCAGUGAGCAGUACCGCUACAAGGAGGUGUUCUAUGUGCUGCUCAUCUCCUACAUCAUCCUCACCUACAUCUUACUCCUCAACAUGCUCAUCGCCCUCAUGAGCCAAACUGUGCAGGACCUCACAGGGAAGAGCAUGAACAUUUGGAAACUACAGCGUGCUAUUACUAUUUUAGACAUGGAGAGGGUUCUUCCCCAGUGGCUGAGGACGAGGCUGCGCUCUGGGGUGGAGAGAGACCUGGGCGGCUCCGCAGGUGAGGAUAGACGAUGGUGCCUCAGAGUUGAGGAGUCGCAGGCGAAAGACUGGGAGAACUUUAACAAUGACCAGGACACCAUAUGUGAGGAUCCAGGGAGGCAGAAACCUGCACCCCCACCAGAGAAGGUGGCAAGAGAGGAGUAUGUGGAGUCUCCAGUGAAAGAAAAGGGAUGGAGCCUUCUGAAGACCCGCUUCCGGGCUCGCUUCUCUUCCAACUCUGACCAUGAGCAGAUGAGUCCGCAGUCACCUGACCAGGCCUGA